AAUAAUAGGGAGGGAAGUGUCCUCUGCGGCCCACGGAGACCACAGUGUGGCAGGUGCUGAGGUGAAAGCAGAGAUAAGCGUAUUUUGAGGAAGGCGACCAGGAGGGCGGGGAAGUGAAGCCAAGAGGAGAGAGGAUGGAGAGGGAGUGAGACCCGGAUGCUGAUGCGAGCGGGGCGAAGGAAAGGAAGAGCGGAGCGAAAAUAUCGAUUUACGGCAAGAAAACGGAGUAUCAUCUAAGGGGGGCCUUUCGCUUGCGUGAACUGGGAUCCGAAACGAGGAGGAAGAUAAGCUGAUUUGUGCGGUGUUGUUUCACCUGUAUGUGUCACCGCCCAUGGAGGACACGCCGAAGGAGAGGAGAGGGGCAAAAAGAUGCUGUGAUCCGCCACUUGCAGUGAUGUAGGGAGGCAGAGACGAGCAGAGGCAGGGGACGGGGGAGGACUACGCUACGCUAAUGUAAAAAUAACAAAUAUAUAAUUACAUACACAUGUAAGAAGAUGGUUGUCCGGAGAGGACUGCGCGUUUCACCUCGAGAGUCCGAGAGAAUGUGGCAGCCGUGCGAUAAAAGUGACCGUUUGGCGACGCCGAGAAACUUCAAGCGGGGUCGGUGUUUGUGACAGGCGCGAGACGGCCGUUGGUCGAGGCGUCGAAGCUAAAGCUAGCCUCAGAUAGCAUGUUGUUGCACCUGUAAAAACAGGCCUGACAGAGGAAAAAAUAACUAUUAUCACGUUUUCGGAGCAAACAUCUAAGCGUACGUGUUGGACAUUUCGUUCCUACGCUCAAACAGAAAAUGACAUAAGUAAAGGCUUUAAAGCAGACGGCUUGUUUUACAGCUAUAGUUUAAUGACAUAUAUAUGUAGUUAACGUCAUAAAUGUAACUAAAUUAUACCAAUAAGCUAAUGUACAUACGCAAAACAUUCUAGUUAGCCUGCAGUACCUUAUAAUGUUCAUUUUAAGGACAAUGGUUGGUAUUUAACUCGGUAAGCAGCCUUGGUACGAACUGUCAUCCCAGUUUCUCUGCUUUAAACUAUAUAUUUUUGUUUAACCGUAACGCCAUGUUUACCGCGUCUUAGAACAGGAAACUAUUUAUCUCAAUUUAAUUUUAUUUCCACAUGGUUUGACUUGUGUGUUAUUUCAUGAUACAUGUUAGUAAACUAGAAAUAGCUGUGAUAUCCCUGAAAUUUAAAGUUGAGCAUAAUUUCUUGCACCAACUUAUGUAAAACCUGUACAGUACCAGAGAAAUUGCAAUAAAUCCCAGUGCAGUAUUAGUUCUAAUUGUGUAUUAAGCCUUCAGUGGGAGCAGUAUGAGUAAGGAACUGUCUUUGAGUCAGUCUGCUCAAUAUGUUGGGCCCUAUCGACUGGAGAAGACUCUGGGGAAGGGGCAGACAGGACUGGUCAAACUUGGCAUCCACUGUAUUACGGCUCAGAAGGUAGCAAUCAAAAUAGUCAACCGCGAGAAGCUGUCUGAGUCAGUUCUGAUGAAGGUUGAGAGGGAGAUUGCCAUUCUGAAACUGAUCGAGCAUCCGCAUGUGUUGAAGCUGCAUGACGUUUAUGAGAACAACAAAUAUCUAUACCUGGUGUUGGAGCAUGUGUCAGGAGGAGAGCUCUUCGACUACCUGGUGAAGAAGGGACGUCUAACUCCGAAAGAAGCCAGGAAGUUCUUCAGGCAGAUCAUCUCUGCGUUGGAUUUCUGCCACAGUCACUCCAUCUGCCACAGAGACUUGAAGCCGGAGAACUUGCUGCUGGAUGAGAAGAACAACAUUCGUAUUGCUGACUUCGGUAUGGCUUCCCUGCAGGUGGGAGACAGCCUGUUGGAGACCAGCUGUGGAUCACCGCAUUAUGCCUGUCCUGAAGUUAUACGGGGAGAGAAGUAUGAUGGGAGGAGAGCAGAUGUGUGGAGCUGUGGGGUCAUCCUGUUUGCCCUCCUGGUGGGUGCUCUGCCGUUUGACCACGACAACCUUCGCCAGCUCCUGGAAAAAGUGAAGAGCGGCGUCUUCCACAUGCCGCACUUCAUCCCCCCAGACUGCCAGUCGCUGCUCAAAGGCAUGAUAGAGGUUAAUCCUGAGAAGAGGCUCACGCUAGAGGCCAUCCAGAAACACUCCUGGUAUCAAGGCGGUCGUAAUGAGCCGUGUCCCGAGCAGCCUCCUCCCAGGCGGGUGUGUGUGCGGAGAAUCCUGUCGCUGACCGAGUUGGACCCGGACGUGUUGGAAAGCAUGCACUCUCUAGGAUGUUUCCGCGACCGAGUCAAGCUUACCCGUGAUUUGCAAUGCGAAGAAGAAAACCAGGAGAAGAUGAUCUACUACCUACUGCUGGACAGGAAGGAACGCUACCCAAGCUAUGAGGACGAGGAUCUGCCUCCACGCAAUGAUGUUGCAGACCCUCCCCGGAAGCGUGUCGACUCUCCCAUGCUGACGCGUCAUGGCCGCUGUCGCCCUGAGAGGAAAAGCCUAGAAGUCCUUAGUGUUACGGAGCAGGGGUCUCCCACUCCACCUCGCAGGGCCCUCGACACAGCUGCACACAGUCAGAGGUCUCGCUCAGUCAGUGGAGCUUCUAGUGGUCUGUCCUCAAGCCCCCUCAGCAGUCCCAGGUCCUACCAGAGCCCCGUCUUCACUUUCAGCCAAUCAGACGUCACCUGCGCCACUGCUUCCCCCCUCACAAAGGAGUCCAAACAGGGAAACGCCACCACUCCUCGUUCAGCACGGUCUCAUGACAAGCCCAAAGCGUCCCCCAACCCCAAGACCCAGACCCUGCCCACCAAAGGACCCGCUGACCGUCCCCACCUGCAGGCCAUCAAAUCCCUGCCCCUGCACAACCCAUCCUCCCGCUCGCCCUCCCCCUCCCCGCUCCUGUCACCCAUCCCUCGCUUCUUCUUCCCUUCGUCCUCUGUCCUCAAGUCAGUGACUAAGAGUUUCUACCCAAACUCUGCCCACUCUGUGCCACAGGUUACCCCCCAGGGCUCUCCGCUGCCCACACCGUUGGGCACCCCUGUUCACCACCCCCACCACCCCUCCUCCACCCCACCCUCCUCUUCCUCGUCCUCAUCCUCAUCACGGGCAGAGGGAGGCGGAGGGGUGGGCUCGCUGUCGCUCACCCCUCCCUCCAGCCCAGGAGGGGGCAGCGGCAUGGCGGCCAGCAGCCCCGCUCACUGGAGGACUCGCCUCAAUUCUUUCAAGAACAACUUGCUGGGAUCGCCGCGAUUCCAUCGCCGCAAAUUACAAGAUCUUUCUCUCCCAGUUCCGACGUCAGAGGACAUGUCCAGCCUAACGCCAGAAUCCAGCCCAGAGCUGGCCAAGAAGUCCUGGUUCGGGAAUUUCAUCGGUUUGGAGAAAGAGGAGCAGAUCUUCGUGGUGAUCAGGGACAAACCGUUGAGUUCUGUCAAAGCCGACAUUGUCCACGCUUUCCUGUCAAUCCCGUCGCUCAGCCACAGCGUCAUCUCCCAGACCAGCUUCCGGGCAGAAUACAAGUCCUCCGGCGGUCCCUCCGUCUUCCAGAAGCCCGUCAAGUUCCAAGUGGACAUUGCCUUCUCCGAGGGCGAGAGGGAACGGGACAGGGAGAGGAGCGAGAGGGAGGGGAGGAGAGAAACAGGAAUCUACAGCGUGACGUUCACCCUCAUAUCAGGGCCGAGUCGCAGGUUCAGACGAGUGGUGGAAACGAUUCAAGCCCAGCUUCUCAGCUCUCAUGAUCAGCCACUGGUGCAAGCCCUAUGUGAUCCCUUCCCAGAUGAGAAGAGCAGUCGUCCCCACGGGACCCCCACCCGCCAAAACUCGAGGCGCUCUGAGGGUGGGGGCGACAGGUGCGAGUGGGGCGACCGAGCAGACGGCGGAGGCAUCGGAGGCAGCGGAGGAGUUCUGCAGCGCAGAGGCUCGGCCAAGGAGAGAACCCGCCUCCUGUCCUCUAACGGAACCCAGUCCCAACCAUAGGAUAGAGCGAGAACACGCUGCAGGAUGCUUGAGCUGCACCAGAAACCAGACAGUAAUAACUCCAACUUCAAGUUUCCCUGCGAGCUACGAGCCACCCCGAUUCUUCCUUGACUUCGUCACUGAAAGUGCUUAACCGUAACAAGGAUUGAGCCUUUUUCCUCUCCCAUCUUGCAUUGUUUUGCCAACAUAAUAUUGAUGUUCUGGAUCACCAUUAGUCCUACCUUUAAAAGAGGAAGAAGUUUUAAGGAACCACCCUUUAUUUAAAAAAAAAAGGAGUGUGAGAAUGAGCAGUUUGGUAUCCAUCCAUUAAAAAUGUAGCUUCCCAAAUCAAACAGAAUUUUUUUGAAGUGCUGAUGUGCAUGCCACGACCAGAUAAAAUAGUCUGUCAUACCAUUGGUUCACGUCCAAAAUUUACUCUUUAAAUUAACGGUGGCGCUCAUCUCCCUGCCAAGCAACACGCAGAUAAUAGUCCAUCUGGAGAGAAAUGUAAAUGUAUUGCAGCAUAAAAACUUUAAAUUUUAGCAACCUGCUACCAGGAGGUUCCGCUUUUCUCUUAAGAAACUGCAUCCUUGAGUUCCAGCAGCGGCUUUUGUUGAUCUAAAGAAAGCCAACAAGUAAGCUAAGUAAGUGAAUGUGAAAAAACUUAUUUUUUUAUUUUGGUUUUUAUUUGUGUUAAUGUAUUUCCUUUUAUUUGAGGAGGUCAGAAGCACAGUGGUAUUGGUGAAGACGGCAGCAGAAACAGUCUGAACGUUGUUGGCAUAAGUUGAGUUGUUUUGUAUUUCCUUUUUACUCAGAGACGGUAUAAAACAAUGCAUCUAUGAUUCUGCAUUGGACCCUCGUUGCUUUGUUUGCUUUGGUUUGAACAGAUAUCAGAACAUUGCUUUAAGGGCCAUGGGGAGGGCAUUGUUAAUACGUGAAUAGAUCUCUGAACCUCGUUGGAGGUGUUUGUGCCCAUACUGAAUCAGAAGAGCAUUCCUGACCUUUGGAUCAACCAGAAAGCACCUCUCAUCUGAAGCUUGUCUCCUAUUGCCAUUGUAUUCACAUACUGACUUGUAAAGAAAAAGACACAAAACAGGAAACUCAUGAGUGGACAUUUUCAUGACGCUGGACUCAAAAGGUUUGCACAGGACUUAAAAAAAAAAAACAGGAAACAAGCAUCUCCCAACAAUCUCGCGCUCCUCAUCUGAGUGUUCACCAACGAGCCAAGCGUUGGAUCUCCAAGUGUCACGCCAUUGGACAAGCACGACGUAGCAACUCGGACAUCCACAUGUUACCCCAGUACUACGCCAGACCAGUCAGUGUUCUUCACCAGUCUUCCAUUCAGCACAAUAUGCAACAAAGUGCAGGAGUUUCAGUCUUUCAUUAAUUUAUUUGAUUAUUUAUUUAUUUAUUUUGUUAUUUAUUAAUUUAUAUAUUUAAUUUAGAGUUCGGUUUUGCCAUAUGUUUGUUUACAAAGUGUAUUCCAUGUCAUGGGAACCAUUUUACUAACAAUCUAAUUCACUCAUAAUCACUCUGAUUUUCCUUUCCUGCUCUGAUAGAUGUGUUUUCUUUUCCUCAGUGACCCUCGUCUGAAUCUCAAGCUUCUCAUGUUUAUCUCUGGUAUCUGGAAUCUGUGUGAACUGAUGACUGAGUGAGAGAGAGAGAUUAAGGCUUCGCAGCAGAUAUACGUUGAGCUGAUUCCGCAUGGCGACUUCGCCCAACCUAACCAUAUCAAAUUAACUACCGAAGCCAAACCCUGCAAGGCGCUGUUUAUUUCUCUUUUACACAUUUUUAGCGUUCGCUUCGCUCGUUUGCCUCUCUUCACUCCCUGUCACCCCGUCGUAUACCCAUCAUCACCAGACAAAAUGUACAGAGUUGUUUGCCUCACUGUUAGUACACACUUUUACGAUCGCUCGCCUUCAUUUUUGGUUUCAUUUCUCAAACCACCUUCACUCUCAUUGACCCAGCCCUGGCUAAGAUUGUAAACUAUUCUCCAUUCAUAAGGGUCAGUAGAAUAAGGUGUUUAAAAAAAUGAAGUGUCUGUAUCAUAAUUUAAAUAUAAAAAGUGCACUAUUAUAACUUGCCUGUGAUAAAAGAACAAUUAUGAUUGAAUUGAUGGUCAAAAUAAAGAGAGAUUCACAUUAUUGUUAUGGUGACAAUAAUAAACCUUAAAUUUA